AUGAGCGUACAGCCAGAACAGUUCAGCCAGCUCAAGGAGAUCUCCGCCGAAGAGGUCGCCACCCACAACCAGCAGGGCGAUAUCUGGAUCAUCAUCGAUGCCGUCGUAUACGACCUUUCCAAAUUCGCUAAUCUGCACCCCGGUGGACUGGGUGUGCUCUUGGAUGGAGACGUUGCUGGUAAAGAUGCGACCACCGUCUUCUUCAGUCUCCAUCGCCAAGAAGUCCUCCUCAAACCUCAAUACCAACGCCUCAUAAUCGGCCGCGUCGCUGGCAGCACCCAGUCCGUCUCCCCGCCCGCCAUAGGCGCCAUCUCCACCGUACCCUAUGGCGAGCCCACCUGGCUCACCCCGCAAUUCAAGUCGCCAUACUAUAAUGACAGUCACCGCAAGUUCCAAAAGGUCGUCAGAAAGUUUGUGGAGGAGGAGAUCAAGGCGGAUGCGCAGGCUUGUGAGGAGAGUGGGAAGAGGGCUAGUAAGGAGGUUUUGGCUGCCAUGGCAAGAGUCAACUUGAACGCCAUGCGUCUCGGGCCGGGAAAGCACCUCCACGGACGGUCCCUCUUUGACGGCGCCUUCAAAGGCGAAGAAUUCGACUAUUUCCACGAACUCAUCAUUACCCAAGAAUUAGCCCGCAUCGGCGCACGAGGCUACGCCGACGGCCUCAACGCCGGUAUGGUCAUCGGUCUGCCCCCCGUCCUCAACUUUGGCCAAGAGCCCCUCCGGUCCAAGGUCGUCGAGGAAGUGUUUAAAGGUGAAAAAGUCAUCAGUCUGGCGAUCUCAGAGGCUUUCGCGGGGAGUGAUGUGGCGGGGUUGAGAACGACUGCUACCAAACAAGGGGAUGGGUGGGUGAUCAAUGGGACGAAAAAGUGGAUCUCGGGUGGUGUCCAUUCCGAUUACUUUACGGUCGGGUGUCGCACCGAAGGUGGUCUUACCGUCUUCCUCGUUCCCAGGACUGAGAAUGUCACUACCAAGCAGAUCAAGACUUCGUACUCUACCGCAGCCGGUACAGCGUACAUUACGUUUGACAACGUCUACGUGCCCAACGAAAACAUGCUCGGUCCGGAGAAUGGAGGUCUACUCGUCAUCUUGAGCAACUUUAACCACGAGCGAUGGGUCAUGUGCUGUGGGAGCGCCCGAAGCUCCAGAAUCAUCGUGGAGGAAUGUCUCAAGUGGGCUUCCCAGCGGCGAGUGUUUGGUAAGCCUCUCAUUUCCCAGCCAGUCAUCCGAGCCAAGCUCGCGUCGAUGAUCGCCAAGGUCGAAGCUACCCAGGCGUGGUUGGAAGCCGUCACUUUCCAAAUGUGCAACAUGAACUACAAACAACAAUCCAAAAACCUCGCCGGUCAAAUCGCCUUUCUCAAAAUGCAAUCCACCCGCUUUGCAGGUGAGAUUGCCGACGACGCCGUCAACAUCUUUGGCGGGCGCGGUCUCACCAAGACGGGCAUGGGCAGGUUGGUCGAGCAGUUCCAGAGGACGCAAAAGUUUGAUGCCAUCCUGGGUGGGGCGGAGGAGGUGUUGGGUGAUUUGGGAGUCAGGCAGGCUAUGAGGCAGAUGCCCAGGGAUGUCAGGCUCUAG